ACUAGCCGGCUUCGUUUCUGCUGUGCCACAAUGGAAACUCCGACCUAGCCUCUUCUGAGCGCGGGGCACAGGGACUGAUUCCUCUGGCCUCAGCUGCCCUUGGGGAGCAUCCUUACCCCCACGUCCGCAGGGACCAUCGCAGCCGGGACUGGCGGGUGGGUGGGAAACUGGGCUCGCCCUGGUCCCCCUGCGCAGCCGCUCCCGACUCCUGGCCUCCACCCCUAAACUGCCCGCGCAUCGUUACCCACGCUUAGCGUCCCCCGAUCCAAGGACACAGGCACCCGCGGAUCAUCCGAAACUGUGCGGGGUUCUGACCCUGCACCAGGCAAACUGACUUUUCCCUCUGAAUCGUUCGCUUAAUACAGUUAAUUCGUACUCUUUAUCAAAAACAUGAACUGCGGAAAGGAAAAAGAACUAAGGUAUGUACGUCCCUACCGGCCAGAAAUACUUUUAGCAUUCUGAUGUAUUUCCUUUCAGUCAAAAAUACAUUACUGGGAUACCAGAGAUAUUACUUAAGAGACUAACUUUUCACUUUAUGCCAUUAUUGGGCACUUAACUCCUGCCAUCAAACAGCCUAACAAAAUGUGCAAUGCUGAUAAAAGUUCUCCCGAGAAAUGCACAACUCCCUCACGGUUGAUACUUGGAUAAUUUCCUAUUUUUGACUGACACGAGCAAGUGUUUGGUCAGAUUUUGCCACUUGCCCCUCUCGCGCCAGCGGCGUAAGGGCCGGGGUGGUGGAGGAGCGGGUCACAGUUCCCGGGACUGGAGCGCCGGGGCCUCGCGCGGGGCACCCUCCAGGCUCUGUGACAUCAGCCCUAGCCCCCGCCCCCUCCGACGGAGCGGAUCGAAGCGCGGGGUUAGGAUCUCCAGACACGCACGCGCCGGGGCGCGGGCGGGCUGCGGGGCAGCCCGACGCGAUGGAAUCGGCCUUUUCCAGGGUUCGGGCUCCGGCCCAGGCGCCACCACCCAAGGCGUGGUCGCCGGUGGGCUCCGAGGAGGAGCUCUAUGACUGCCCGGAUUACUACUACCUGCGCGACUUUCCAGCCUGCGGGGCGGGGCGCAGCAAGGGCCGGACGCGGCGCGAGCGGGAACUGCGCACCAACUGGCUGGUGCCCGGCGGCCACGAGCGUAAGAUCGCACAGAAGCUCCUAAACGGCCAGCGCAAGCGUCGCCAGCGGCAGCUGCAGCCCAGACCGCGCACCCGUCUCGCCUGAGCGCCGGACACCCGAAGGACCUGAUAAAAGUAUUUUCUCUGCCUCCAGCUGUAACUGUGGUCCUAAGGGGGACAGUCCAUGUUGGUCAACAGACCUCCUUUUCGACAGGACUUAAGUUUACUGCUUCAGUAUCUUUUCCUUACUGAUUGUUAAGUAACAUCCAAGUGGGUAUGCCUGUUUAGGGUUUUUAAUUAAAAGAGAGAAGCAAG